AAUGGAGAAAUAAAAAAGAAAGAAACAUGGAGCACACAAUGAAUCCAAGAGUUUAUGGAAUUAUACAUUAUCUCCAGGUUGGUCUUAGGAAGAAGUCAAAAUACUUAAACUUGCAUUACAGAAAUUUGGUAUUGGUAAAUGGAGAAGCAUCAUAUAAUCAGAAUGUUUACCAGAUAAAUCAAUUGGAUAGAUUUAUAUAUAAACUUAGAGAAUGCUUGGAUAAUAAUCAUUGGGAGAUUUUAUGGGUAUUCAAUUAUAUAUAAUCAUAAUAUAGGAUUGUAGAUUGAUUUAGAAAAGGUUUGGAUAGAUAAUAAUUAAAAAAAAGGAGUAAUGAGAAAGAAUGGAUGUGUAAUUAAUACAGGCGAUAAUCCAAAUAAAGAAGAAAGGAAGCAAAGAAUUGAAGAAAAUAGAUAAAAGUACUCCAUAACUUAAGAGGAAGUAAGAUUAUAUAAAUAUUAUUUGAGAUUAAUAAAAUUAAAUUACCACGUUUCAAGAAUGAUUGUGUUGCUAAAUAUUUUACAAUUUAAGAAAUUGAAAAUGAUUAAUUUACAACUAUAGAAAAAUUAUAACAUUUUGUGAAUUUGGAAGUAGAAAUUGAUAAAAAAGUCAAGAAAAUUUAAUUUAUGAAAUCCCAUACUAAUGGAAAUAGCAAUUUAAAUGGUAAUGGCAAUCAUAUUCAAAAUAAUCACUUAGAUGAAUAAAAAUGA